AUGGCGAAUCCUGAUCAGCACGGGCACCACGAGCAACAAUCUAGUUGGGGUCGCAUUUAUCCUAAUGCAUUUAUCCUAAUGGAAUUCUUACCUGGGAACGUCGCUAUGGACGCUAGUGGUGGCUAUGCAACUCAUAACGGCGAGAUUCCAAUUCCUCCUCAACACAAGUCAAACUUCUACAACGAAAUUGCCCGGGUUCAGGAUAAAUUGAAUUACUUUAGGGAAGGCCUUCACCCAGGGCGCGGAACAGGAACGGAUCGCGCAGCCUGGAGUGUUGAGGGUGCCGGAAACGAUCUUCACCGACAGAUUUUACUACAGACUCGAUUUGUGGCGCGUGGGAUUCGCGAUAUACUUCUUUGUAUUUGGAGGGAUGCCAUUUCAGAUUGGGAUGUCAAUGACCUGGUAGCGCAGAUGAUUAAUUUCGUCGAGGAUUUGUCUGCCGAAUGGCAGGAGAAAUACAGGGACAUGAGUUCGAAAGCCGGACGGGAGCCCCUGGAAGAUCACUGA